UUGAGCUGUCCGCUGCUGGAUUAGUCGUUCGCGAAGCUUUGUUAGUCGCUGACACCGGAAUCAAUUCGCGAGGCACCAAUGGCGCGUAGAGGAGUAUCAACCUUGCUUGUGGCUACCUUAGCAGGAUUUUUCGUUUGGCCAAGUGUUCAGGCUCAAUAUUGGAGCAGUUGCCGUACGCCAGUGAAAGAACAAGGUUACUGCGUUCUGGUGACGGACUGUAACUUUAUACGGUUGGUUCUCCAGAAGCCCAUUCUGGAUGAUAAUGAUAUUCGUUAUGUCGAGGCCAGUAGAUGCGGAACGCAUCAGAAAAAAGCGCUGGUGUGUUGUGCCAAACCGUCGGGAUCCCCACCAGCCCCCAUAUCUUCCAAUGAUCCAGUCCCAACGCGGAUUGACACUCGGACGCAGCCACAGGCAGAUGCAAACAAGAAAAAGCUACUGCCAAAACCUCCGGCAUGUGGAAUCCAGUAUAGCGAUAGAAUCAUAGGCGGCGAACGAACCAGCAUCGAUAGUUAUCCCUGGACAGCAAGGAUUCAACAUUUUGAUCAACGGAGUAAUAAUCACGCAUUCCACUGCGGGGGUUCACUGAUCAACGAAUUAUAUGUGCUAACCGCAGCCCACUGCAUCAAAAGUAUUCCCAAGACAUGGACUGUAAACGCCGUCCGGUUGGGAGAAUGGGAUACUGAGACGGAUCCGGAUUGUUUGGAUGAUGGAAGCGAUUGUUACGAUCCGGUGCAGGAUAUUAACGUGGAAAAAAUGAUUGUCCAUGAAAAUUUUGCCAGUAGCAAAAUGGCGGUCCAAAAUGACAUCGCACUGCUGAGAUUGGCCGAUAAGGCAAAGUAUUCCGAUACGGUAGUUCCGAUCUGCCUUCCGCUGGAUUCAAGCUUCGCUACACGACCUUACGAUACGCUGAGAAUGUUCGUGGCCGGCUGGGGUCAAACGGAAACAGAACGUGGGAGUCGCUACAAGCUAUUCGUUGCUGUGAAGGGUGUUUCCGAGAGCGUUUGUAAAGAGAAGUACCCAUCGGCAAAUAUCGACAGCAGACAUAUUUGUGCGGGGGGAGAAGCCGGGAAAGACUCAUGCAGGGGCGAUUCGGGUGGUCCGCUUAUGGACGUUUUACCGAUUAAUGAACAACCCGUUUACUAUCUUGCCGGAGUGGUCAGUUAUGGCAAGCAGUGUGGAUUGAGAGGCGUUCCUGGAGUGUACACAAAUGUACACACAUUUAGUAAUUGGAUUUUGAACAACAUUUCCAUGUAUUUACUAAUUCUAGUAUACACCCCGGGAAUAUUUUCUGUUCCGCACUUAUCCGUACCAAAACUAACAAUACCCUUCAAAAACCACGCCGAUACCCCACCAAUCUUUUCGACCUUCAUCAGCGGACCUCCCGAGUCGCCUCGACACGAAUCCUUGCCCACUUCCCCACCGGCGCAGAGUUGUGAAUCGAUUAUGUCAACGUUAACCCCUUCGAACGCUCCUCCGCAACGAGUAUUGUUCCAGGCUGGCACAUUGAGUCAAUCACCGUACAACUGGAGACCUGAUACUCAGAAAAAUGCGACAGAAAAGCUCAACAACCAACAAACCCAUCUGGAUGAAUUUCCUUGGUCUGCGUUGAUCCAAUAUAGAAAGCCGUAUGGUUUCCUCGGGUUCCACUGUGGCGGAACUCUAAUUCACGAUCGUUUCGUCCUGACGGCAGCCCACUGCAUUACAGCCAUUCCUAGCACAUGGGAAGUAUACUGUGUGCGACUUGGAGAGUAUGACCUCAAACACACCGGAACAGAUUGCCUGGGUGACAAGUGCGCGGAUGCACCUUUGGACGUGAAGAUUCAUCGAAUUUUAAUACACGAGAAGUACUUCACCCGAGAGAUGAGCCAACACAACGAUAUCGCGUUGAUUCGAUUGGUGCAGAACGUAAGAGUUACGGCUUUUGUACGGCCAAUAUUGCUGCCCACUGACGAGAUAGAUCGCUUCGUGAAAGACGGGUCUCUAGAAACUGUUUCGGUAGGAUGGGGCAAAACCAAAACCUCGAGCGCAAGCACCGUCAAAAUGAAAGUACAUCUGAGUAUCGAUAAUUUCGAUGGUUGUGCACAAGCAUACAAAGAAUCAGGAUUGAGACUACAAGAGACUCAGCUGUGUGCUAGCGAACGGCGAGGAACCGGGUUUUGUAGUUGUGAUUCUGGUGGUCCUCUAAUGGCGCAGCUCAGGGGUCAGUACUAUUUAGUUGGAAUUGUAAGCUUCGGACCGGCAAAGUGUGGACUCAAAAAUGCACCCGAUUUAAAUGACCCAUGCAAGAAUCCCGAAAACGAGUCCGGUCGUUGCAUAUUCCUGCGCGAAUGUGCACCAUUAGCUGCCAUUUAUACGAAACCAGUGAUUUCACCAGACGAAAGCGAAUUCGUCUCGAGGAGCCGAUGUGGUAGUUCUGAAGGAAAAGCGUUGGUCUGCUGCGCAGGAGUUGCUGUGGAUAACCGAGGCUCCGGUUCAAAGCUUCUCAGGACUCCUCAAUGCGGGCUCGAUCUGUCGGACCGUAUCGUGGGAGGCCAACCAACCCAGUUGGACGAAUUCCCCUGGACCGCUCUAAUUCAAUAUCGUAAACCAGACGGACGAGCGGGAUUCCACUGUGGAGGAUCACUGAUCAAUUCGCGCUACGUCCUGACGGCGGGUCAUUGUAUAAAUGCAAUUCCUAACGGAUGGAAUGUACUCGGCAUUCGUCUCGGGGAGUACGAUACUACUAAUGAAGGACAGGAUUGCAUCGAUGGUGUUUGUGCUGAUGUUCCGGUAGACGUAGACGUAGAGAAGAUAAUCGUUCAUGAAGACUACAUCCCCAGUGCUAGGAGCCAGUAUAAUGAUAUUGCCCUAAUUCGGUUGGCUCGUGAUGUUUCAUUUUCGGAGUACAUCAAGCCCAUUUGUUUGCCAGUAGACCAAGCUGAACGAACGCGUGAAAACGUCGGAACUGUAGCCAUUGCCGCUGGAUGGGGCAGAACAGAAACAGCGCAUGCGAGUCCCAUUAAGCUGAAGGUUAAUUUGGAUAUCAGCGAUCCGGUGCAGUGCGGCACGGUCUACAGAGCCUCUGGGAUCAAUUUGAGAGAAACGCAGCUUUGCGCAGGCGGUCUUCGCGGUAAGGACACUUGCAGCGGAGAUUCCGGUGGUCCUCUAAUGAAGCGUAUCAAGUCCAGCUAUUAUUUGUACGGAAUCGUUAGCUUCGGUCCGAGUAAAUGCGGUACCAAGGAUGUUCCCGGAGUAUACACUAAUGUUGUAAAAUAUAUUGAUUGGGUUGAAAAUAAUCUGCAAUAGUUGAAACUAUGACAAAAUAUCGAUUCAUCAGAUGUCGAUGUUCGUUAUUAUAAAAGUAAAUGGUCAGUAAAUGGAUUAUUGCAAAAUAAUUUUAUUUAUUAUGACGAAAAAUA